GAUUCCAUUGGCAAAGCAGCAGAGAUGACCCGUCCGAUUGAAUUCGAUCAAACGUUUGCGUUCAUCGCCAAAGUCCUCCGCUUGAUUGGUUAUCCCAGUUGCUUGGUUCCGUACCCGGACAACGUCACCGGAAGACUCAAAUCCAACGCCCCCUUCAUCGUGUGCUUCCUGAUGUUGGCCUAUUGCGUCUUGGGACAGAUCAUCAACAUCAUUCGGCUCAUGACGGGUGCCCGGAAAACGGACGAAGUCGUCGAAGAGGUGGCCAUCCAAAUCAGCAGCACCGGGUUCUGCAUCAUUGGCCUGGCGAAGAUGCACUGCUUGGCGUACAAUCGGGACAUUCUGACCAGGUUGAUUGCGGACUUCCGGACCAAGUGGGACGAUCAGGAUCUUACACCCGGGGAUCUGACGAUUCGCGAUGGGGCACUUCGUCCGACUGUGACCAUUACGACGAUGGCCGCCGUUGGGAAUAUCGUAAUGGUGUCGGCGUUCAACUUUCUACCGGUGGCGGAGAUGAUCUACACCGGGGUGGCCAAGAGCGAGUGGAUUCGGCUGUUUCCGUACGUGAUUUGGUUCCCGUUUGAGUCGACCGGAGGUCUCCAGUACUAUCUGGUGUAUCUGUUCGAGGUGUACUCCGGGAACAUAGUGGCCGUUGGGAAUGUGGGCUUCAACUGCAUCUUCUGUCUGCUAACUUCGCAUCUGACGAUGCAGCUGAAGUUGCUGCGGAAUUGGAUCGAGAAUGUGGUCGAGACUCAGGAUGAGAGAAGCCUUGGGAGGUCGAAGGAGAAGUUCCGUCGAGUUGUGCAGUACCAUCAGGAUGUGCUCAGGUGCCGCGAUGAACUGCAGGCCAUGUUCAGCACGACGCUGUUUCUCAACUUUUCGGCAAGUUCAAUUCUGAUGUGCAUGCAAGGAUAUGUGAUAACCACGGCUGGUUUCACCCUGGUCGUCAAGUUCACGCUUUUCAUGCUCUGCAUCCUGAUGGAGAUUUUCAUCCUGUGCUACUACGGGGAGGAGAUCUCGGUGAAUAGCAAGGCAAUAGCAUCGGGUGCAUUCAACUGCAACUGGUACCACGGGGAGGCCAGCGGACGAGAUCCUCGGUUCGGGAAGAAUCUGAUUCCGAUCAUUCAGAGAGCUCAAAUUCCGAUGGUAUUGACGGCGUGGAAGUUCUGGCCGAUUACGAUCAACACCUUCAGUCGGAUUCUUCAAUCGUCGUGGUCCUAUUUUACUCUUCUGAAGACAGUUAUGCCAUGA